GAGCUUCUCUUCUGCUCUCAUCAAUCACAACGACGCGCCGCGGAUCUCCUCUACAUGGAUUGUAUCCUUUCUUCUUUAAUGACUGCACUUCCCUCAUCGUGAUUACAACUGGAGAUACAAAAUAAAGAAAUAAAAAAAAUAAAAAGAAUGAGAUGAGAGUUCGGCGAAAAGUGCAACUCCGUUGAGCGCGCGCGGUGAGCAGCUGCUGGCACAAAGAAAAGCCUUUACUUGUGUUCACCAUGGAAGCCGACAUGUGCUCUGCGUUUUCCAAAAUAAAGGAAUAAUUCACCAAUCACACGUCGAGCGACCCGGAAUCGACCGACGAGGACCUGCAGCCUCUCAGCUGCUCGCGUCGAUCAACGGAUUUCAUUGAUCACCUUCAGACACCCUGCGAGAAGUCACCAUAAUUGGAAUAAAGAGGAGAGGAAGAUACGCCAUAUGUCUUGUAGCAGCAGCAACUUAUCGAUCACAGGAGAAGAUGCCGUUCCACCACGUGACGGCAGGCCUGCUCUACAAGGGGAACUACCUGAGCCGCUCGCUGUCGGACAGCGACAGCGAGGUGCUGGCCAGCAUCACCGUGGAGGAGCUGGACGAGAUCCGUGAGGCGUUCAAGGUGCUGGAUCGUGACGGAAACGGGUUCAUUUCCAAACAGGAGCUUGGCAUGGCCAUGCGCUCGUUGGGCUACAUGCCCAGUGAGGUGGAGCUGGCCAUCAUCAUGCAGAGACUAGACAUGGACGGUGAUGGACAGGUGGAUUUCGAGGAGUUCAUGACAAUCCUUGGACCGAAGCUCCUGUCCUCGGAAACGAGAGAAGGCUUCCUGGGCAGCACGAUAGAUACCAUCUUCUGGCAGUUCGACAUGCAGAGAAUCACACUGGAGGAGCUGAAACACAUCCUGUUCUACGCCUUCCGUGACCACCUGACCAUGAAGGACAUCGAGAACAUCAUCAUCAACGAGGAAGAGAGCCUGAAGGAGAACUCUGGGAACUGUCAGACAGAGUUUGAGGGAGUUCACCCUUCCAAGAAGAACCGUCAGACGUGCGUGAGGAAAAGCCUCAUCUGCGCCUUUGCCAUGGCGUUCAUCAUCAGCGUCAUGCUCAUCGCGGCCAAUCAGAUGCUGAGGAACGGCAUGGAGUAGCAGCGCCCACUGGGAGCGUGGGUGCUGGGGGUGCUGGGAGGGGUGGGGGGGGGGUGAGCCAGCCUGCAUGUGCAUGCCAGUGGGUGAGGCCUAUUCCCCGUUCGAUAGGCAAAGAACUACAAGAAAUUACAAUUAAAGAAAGCGAGACAAAAUAAACUAGAAAGAUUAUUUUGACUUUCUUCCAAACGAGAGGCACCUCUCCACCCGACGUGCUACAAAACCAUGAAGCCAGCGCGAGGAGUCACGCAGGACCCCCCCCCCUCCCCUCCCCCCUCCACACCCUUUACCCUGACAGGGACACUCAAGGGCUGACAUUACACAUAAUAACGCUGUCUGUUUCCCUGAUGCAAUACAAAAAAAAAAAUUACACACAAAAAAAAAGAAAUCUGAUUGAGUGCAGGAGUUCAGAGCUGCCCACCUUCCCCGCAGGCGAGACAUGGCUGUGAAUCUGUCACCCACCAAGAGUCUGAUGAAGGCUGCAGGGGCCCUGAAAGGAAACAACUGCCCCCUUAUUAUAGUUCCUGGGAGCAUGAUGACAGACCUCGCCACCACUCAAGCGGAAGGAUCCGUACACGCCGUCGGGCCACAGCUCCUGCGGCGCUCGUGGUGCCACCGUGCUUCAGCUCUCAGACUUUCUAUUUUCCACGCCGGCGUCUGUGGGCUUGAAUAAGGUGCCGCGGCUCGUCGGCUCCACGCACCGGGCGGUGGAGCGGACACAAAGGUGAAGCAGUAACAGCGGGCUUGCGUUUCGGGCCUUGGAACAUUCGAGAAAGAACACCAGAGCUCUGGUAGUCUGAACGCUGUUUGGGUGACAACAAUUGUUUGCGUGAUAUUAAAAAAGACAAAAUAAAAUCCAUCCUCCCAAAAUAAAAUCCAUGCUCCCAUCGAACUGUAGAUGUAGUGUGGUCUGUGGAGUUCAGCCCACCACAGGUUUUAUUGCCAGGGGAUUGGAUUUAGCUCAUUGUCAGUCCGCAUUGUGUACUUCUUAUUGAUUUCCUGCUUUUCCACGAAUGCCUUUUGAUUGUACUGGAGGACAAAGGGAGGAGGGAAGUGAGACGAAGUUCAUCAACCCACAGCUGAACCUUUUACUCUCAAUGUAAAUGUGUCUAGCAGCUUCUUUUGAUCCCGUCAGUAAAUUACGUUUUUAAGCUUUAAUUGAUCUCUUUGAAAGAUUUUUUGUGUGUGGAAAUGAAUAAGACACAACACACAAGAGGGUGGAUUUUCUUUUGUCUUUAAAUCACAAUUAGUUAAUUGAAUUAGAACUUAGUUCUGUAAAAAGCUGAAUCGCCUUAAGCUUUUUCAAGUAAAUUUACCCCAAUAAAUGUUUCCCAUACUAGUUUCCCGUCGUGGGAUUAUAGGUUUGUAGACUACAGAUGAGGAAUUUUGAAACAUGACAAUUCUGUGAAAACUGAGCGGGAUUGAAGCACUUUCCCACGGCCCUGAAGGGCAUCAAGCCACCGCUCGAGCUCUGAACUCCUGCACUGACUCGUCUCAACAUGUGGUCGCCCCUGUCGUCAAACGCAUGCGAUCAAGUCCGUCUUUAGUUAGUGAGUCAUAGUGUCUGCCCGAGGUGUACAGUAUGUCUGCGUGGAAGGAGAUCGGCACAUCACAAACACGUCGAAGCUCUUGUGCCGAAGCCAUAGAACCACCACGUGAACCGGAAAAGACACAACGCGGUCUCACGUGGCUACUGGAUGGACACACACAAGAUCAAUUUAGAAGAAAAACGUUGUAUAGUGUUCUAUUACUCUUGUCUUUUUAUUUUGUUUUGUUAUUUUAUGCACUGUGCCCAUCAUCCAUUGCAGUGAAAUGUAAAGGAGGGCCGUCGGUUUGUGUAGGAGUGCCAUCUAGAGGUGAAGAGGGUCGCUGUUUUCCCCCUGCAGCUUGAGUGUGUGUGCGUGUGUGUCUCCACUACGGGAAGGUUAUGACAGUGUUUGAUCUUGAAUAUGAGGAUUCUAUGUAUGAGUUUCAAAAGUCCUUUUGAAUCUGUAAAGGGUUUCGGUUCACUGAUGAAUAGCUAAAGAAAAAACAUGUAGAUCACACUGGUUCUGUUUUGAAUGUUUCUUUUAAUCUGUGAAGGUUAUACUCAUUUUGUAGUGCUUCUGUCAUCUUACAGUAGUGUCAGAAUUCACAGCUAGUCGCUGCUUGCAUGUAGUGGUUAUCUGGAAAAGUGUUUUAUUGUCAAUUUGUUCUUUGAGUUGCAGUAACUGUGGUUACAGUUCUGCUGAAAUCAAACUGUCCCUCCCGCAUGUAAAGAGUUUUCUUUCACGGCGCCUCUUCAGUAGCGUGAUGAUUGGAUUGAUAUGUACAUAGCUAAUAAAAUAGCAAAUGUAUUUGACAAGCACACACUAUACAUACUUUGCAUGUAGAAUAUUUAAACAUUUAGACUAGAAAAAUACUUUUAGUUGUGAUAUUUAUUACAGGCAUAAGAAUUAUGAAAUUGUAAAUAUACAAAAGUCAUAUAUAAUUAAGCGUUGAUGCAAUAAAACUGUUUUUUUUUAAGA